CAUUGACUUCAUCUCAUCAAAAUCAACCUGGUUUUACUUCACUAAGGUCAGUGUAGCUGUGGCAGUGAUGUACUUGACUUCAAGUUGAUCGGUUGUAAAUAAACUUCUUUCUGGAAAAAAUCCACAUUCCUUGUGGGAGCUAGCUUUCAUCCAGGUUCUCAUUCUACUGUCAGUCUUAGGCUCUUCUUCUCUAAAGUCCCCUGAUGACCUCCAGGGCUUUAAGGGAAACCUAUCCUCUGAGGUGCAAGCCAGGCUGUGCUAGUUCUCCCUCAUACCAAGCAUCUGCACUGCCUUAUCGUGUCCAUUGCAACCAGGUGCUUUUUUCACUGCCUCAGACAUCAUUUUGAGAAAGGUGUCUGGUUAUUUCUUCUGUGUGGGAUUCCUGUGUAGAAAGCAAGUGAAGCUUUGUGUGUUGUCAUGCAAAGAAGAUGCUGUCUGUUUGGUGUGAAAGUGAAAGCUCAGAUGUGUGCAACUCUAGAACAGGCUGAAUUUGAACCUUACCCAGAGCAUAUUUGCCAGCACUAACUCUGCCUGCUGUGCGGAGUCAAUAGUGUAACAGUAGGAGAAGGGAGUAUGAGAGAAGAACAAAGCCUCAUUGCCUAUGUCUUUAGGGGUGAGUAUUAUCAUUGGGUGGACUGCAAUGUGACCCAAAAUACAAUGGGAAAAAAAAAAGUUAAAUGAAAUCAGAUCACUGUUUACACCUUCUUUGGAAAGAACAAGAGCUAUAUCUGUGUACCCAAAGUGCUGUAGUCCUUUCACUAUGCUGCAAGGCCUACUACAGUGUGAAAUUUUCCUGUGUCUGAAUGAGCGGGGGGGUAUGGGAGCUCCCAGUCCAUACUAAAUACUGAACAGUGACUAUCCCAGGCCAACCCUUUGGUAAGGAUUGCUCUAGUGGUUGAGCAGUGUAGACGGCUGGGCUCCAGUGACAACGAACAAAUACCGUUGGAAGUAUGAGAUGUGGUCUCAAGAUAUUUUUUCAGCACAUCUACUGACAUGUAAUGCUGACACACCUAAAGUGAAAGCAGACUCUUCUGUUGCUUUGAUGUUUAAGAAGAAGAGGAACCAAAACAAAGUCCUGUUUUUAAUAAGGUUAUGCUUCCGCAGCAAGUAGCACUUCAGAGUUUAAGUCGGGCAGAAGAAAUGAAUUUACCCAGCAUCUGAUCAGAUACAAGAGAAGUACAACUAGAUCAGGCUUUUUCUUGGAAGGAAUGAAGGAGGCAAGGAGGGUCUGAAUCUGGUAUAGGUAACUUAAUCGCAAAAAAAAGCAGUUUGCUUAUCUGUGAAUUCAAGAUUCGCUUCCUGUAGUCUCUAAAAAUCCAUAGUGCCUGCAGUCAUCACUACCGUUGCUUAGCUAAGUGCUCAGGGAAAGCAAACAUAGCCAAGUUAGCAUUUUGAAGAAUGUGUUCAUAGUACUAUUCAUGGUCUAAAUUAGAUCAGGAACUGUGGCUUAAAUAGAUCACCUGAUGUUAACUAAAAUACCAAAUCAUAAUUAGCGAGGAAACUUAAGGCGGGUGGCUAAGUCCAUCUGCCACUCAUACACAAAUCUGAUUAGGCUCUAACAUAUGCACCAACAAUUUGUGGUAUGCUAUUUGCUGAGCACAUGUAAAAUGAUUUUCCACAGAAGCCAGUAAUAAACUUAAAUAUUUUGGUAUUUUCCUAAUGCUCUUUGAAGAACAAUACAUUUUUAUAAUGGCACAUUGUCCAGAGCAGCAGAAUUAUAAAUCAUAGUGGGGCUGCCAGAUACCACUCCUACACAAACACGUAUCGGGCAAGGUUUAAGGGAACAUCACUUAUUGAGGUGACAACUGACAGCCUACACAUGCUACAUGUGAGCCACGCAGCCUGAUUUCUGGGGUGUGCAUCACAUCAAACUGCGGAGGGUGGGUGGAAACAAGGAAUGCUUUGCCCAUGGCUCUUGAUGCAGCGAAGGACUGAGGUAGAGGCACGUUCCCAAGCACGGUGCCAGUCCAGGGCACCCUCUGCCUCAAGUCAGGCCUCCAUCUUUGCCAUCUGUGUCAUAACCCAUCAGUGCAUUUCUUCACACUGGAGCUGCAAAGAGACGAACCUAUGCCCUGAGGGGAGCACUGGGCUGUGUUCCCGGGAGCAUUUUGUGGCGGGGCAGCAGCGCAUGCAGCCUGCAGUGCACCUGAUGGGCGGGCCGCCACGCACAGGCCUGCAGCCGCCCGGCCCUGUGGCACAGAGUGCAAAAGCUGAGAAAGAGCUUAUGGGAACGAGAUUAUGCUGCUGAUACCUCCGGGACGCUGUGGGGAUUAUUUACGUCAUUUCUGUCUCCAUAUGCUUUCCUCUCAUCUGCAGUGAGAGACUUCAGAGGUUCAGGCUAAAAGACUGUAAGCAUAGAAUACAAGGGCAGCCUGCUGGCAAGCACCACCACUCAGAAUGCAACUCAGCACCUGAAAUAAAUAGGGACUGUUCUGCCCAGAACGACAGCGGGCGUUGAUACAGAAACAGCACCUUCCCGCUCUGGAAACAUCCCACACCAGGAGCUGGAGCUGCAGACGGCGAGCGGGAAGCACUCUCAGCGCCGCAUCCCAAAGCCCCGCUGCGCGCAGAACGACACAGCCGCUCCCGGCUCCGCGCAGCGCCGCCUCCCGCCCCGCCCCUCCUCGCUCAGAACCGCCCCGGCCUCUCCCCGCCUUCCACUGCCCACGCCGGGUGCCCGAGGCCGUUUUCCGCCCGGCGGCAGAUCGGUGAUCUCGCGGGGCGGCGGGCGCCGGCUGUGCCAAGCUGAAACCGCUGCUGCCGGGAAGCUGGGCGGGGAGACGGCCGAGAUGGUGGAGGACGGCAGCGAGGAAGAGGAGGGGGAGGCUGAGGGAGAGAGAGGGGAGAUGCUGGGGGCCCCGCAGCACAACGGCUUCCUCCCCGGCAAGGAAGCGGAGAACGGCAGCCCAGGAGGAUGCGCGGCGGCCGGGGCCGGAGGGGGCGGCGGGCGGCCGGAGACGCGGCUGUCGCGGCGGCGGCUGGCGGUGCUGGCCGUCUUCAGCUGCUACUCGCUGGUGAACGCUUUCCAGUGGAUCCAGUACAGCAUCCUCAGCAACGUCUUCGUCCACUUCUACGGCGUGUCCUUCACGGAGAUAGACUGGCUCUCCAUGGUGUACAUGGUGGCCUACGUGCCGCUCAUCCUGCCCGCCACCUGGCUGCUGGACGCCCGCGGCCUGCGCCUCACGGCGCUGCUGGGUGCGGGGCUCAACGCGCUGGGCGCGUGGCUCAAGUGCGCCAGCCUGGCGCCCGGCCGCUACGCGAUCACCAUGGCGGCGCAGGCCGUGUGCGCCGUCGCGCAGGUCUUCAUCCUGGGGCUGCCCUCCCGCGUCGCCUCCGUCUGGUUCGGCCCUGCCGAGGUCUCCACCGCCUGCUCCGUGGCCGUGCUGGGCAACCAGCUUGGCACUGCAAUUGGCUUUUUGUUGCCACCUGUUCUGGUUCCAAAUACCCCUGAUGAUAUUGAUCUAAUGGCACAUAAUAUAAGCAUCAUGUUCUAUGGAACAGCAAUAGUAUCCACACUUCUGUUCUUCUUAACGGGCGUUGUGUUUGAAGAGAAACCCAAAUACCCUCCUAGUCACUCUCAAGCACUCCUGCAAGCUAUGCCUCCUGAGGAUUACUCCUACAAGCAGUCGAUUAUUAAUUUGGUCAGAAACGUCCCAUUUGUACUUCUGCUGAUCAGCUAUGGAAUUAUGACUGGAACAUUUUAUUCUGUCUCCACGUUAUUAAACCAGAUGAUAGUAACUCAUUAUGAGGGAGAAGAAGUGAACGCUGGGAGAAUUGGCUUGACACUGGUGGUGGCAGGAAUGGUGGGUUCGAUUAUUUGUGGUUUGUGGCUGGAUUACACUAAAACGUACAAGCAAACUACUUUGAUUGUUUACAUUCUCUCUUUCAUUGGGAUGGUGGUAUUUACCUUCACGCUGGACCUCGGAUACCUUAUACUGGUGUUUGUGACUGGAGGAGUGCUUGGAUUCUUCAUGACUGGCUAUCUGCCGCUUGGGUUUGAAUUUGCUGUGGAAAUCACAUACCCAGAGUCUGAGGGCACUUCGUCGGGUCUCCUCAACGCAUCAGCACAGAUAUUUGGAAUUGUCUUCACACUUGUUCAAGGAAAGCUUACAACAGACUACAGUCCUCGUGCAGGAAACCUCUUUCUUUGCGCUUGGCUGUUUGUGGGCAUUAUCUUAACAGCCUUAAUAAAAUCAGAUCUGCGAAGACACAAUGUGAAUUCAGGAAUUAUGAAUAUGGAUGUUAAAGCUGUACCAGUUGACAAUCCGGUAGGACGUGAAACUUGUACUGCAUUAAAAAUUCAGUCAGAUUUAUAAACCUGAAAGAAGAUGGCUUAGAAACGCACAAUUUUGGUUGAAUGCUGAACAAUAUUAUUUAGUGGAAUCACUGGAUUUAUGCGUAUGGCUAGUAAAGUGUGUUUGGUGAUUUUGUGACAGUUGUGUGGUGGGAGCUAUGAAGAUGCUCCGUUCAUUUUGCCCAAGAUACAAACAAUACAACUUUGUAUGGAAUAUUUAUUUUAACAGAUUUCAAGUUUUGCCAUUUCACUAGUGAAGAACUGUCUGAAUCACAGAAUCAUAGCGGUUGGAAAGGACUUCUGGGGAUCAUCGAGUCCAACCCCCAAAUGCUCUCCAUUCUAGGAAGAAAUGUACAUUUAGGAUGCACACUAAAAUUUGCAUUUGGAAUCCUAAAGUACAGUCGUGAUCAGAAGUAUCUUCUCCCCGAGAAAUCAAAAGUUAGUUAAUUUCUUGUUCAGUCUUUUCUGGUGCAUUUACGAAGUCAGAGUAGGUGGCUGCAUAACUGGAGGGCGUUCAUACUUCUUUUUAAUGUCUCUGAUGUAAGACAGUGUUUCCUUCUGGGAAACUGUCUAUAGCACAAUUCUGAAAACGAGAUGACUGCAAUUAUGUGUUUUGAGUUUCUUUUGCCUUGAAACUUCUUGCUAGAUACUGGCAGGCAGAGGAGAGAAAAUACUUUUUUGUAGAUUCAUCAAGCAUUUCUGGGGAGAUUUAAAGAGUUUCCCACUAGGCAUAUUGAAGACAAUACAUUUCUUAUUAAAUAGAAAGAAAAGAGGAAGAAAGACCACUGAUCUCUAUCUACGGUGAAGUAUUCACAGGCAAUGGAAUACGAUUGCACAGGUUGCUUCCUGCAUAUUUUGAGUGCUUUCUCAGUUCAAAUGAGAGGAACACAUGUUUACAAAGAGAUGGUGCCUUUACAAAGUAAAGAAGAUCCUUGCCUCAUCUUGAGUUUGAACAGUGCUGCUGAAGAAAUUCCAUUUUGCGUGUUAAACCUCCUGAAUAUUUGUGGAGUAUCAGAAAAUGUGUUCUACCUGUUGUGUUGGGUUUUUUCCCCUCCAUUUAUUUCUGUGUUACGUGUUGUAUCACUUGUCUUGUGUACAAUUUUUGUGCUCGUUGUAUAACUUAACAGUUGUAUAACUUGUUCCUCACAGUUAAAAGCUGUAAGGGUGACUGAAAGGAAAAUAGUGAUGUUUCUCUUUGUCUGAUGAAAUACUUGCUGUUUAAAUAAUGAAUCUGAGCUACAAAAGGAGUAUACUUCUUUGCUUUUGUAUUAUUAUUUGUAUUAUUAUUUCUCACUGCAGUGCUUCUGAUGUUGUUGUUCUUCACCUUGCGUACUAUCUACCCAGCUACAGAACUGACAUCGCUGCAGUAAUACUGAGGCUCUUCUAGUACUGAAUAGUCCAGCCAGAGUUAGCAGCAUUGAGGCUUUAGCAGCCUUUAAGGUGAGCCUGCAGUUUCAGUGCCAUCAGUGAUGCAGUCUGUGAGUUCGUACAGCUGUAGUGCCAUCCAGAAGGUUGAAUCCUCCUCAAAGUUUUCUGUGGGUUACAGCUUGGUAUGGGGAACUUUGCAACUCCCAAGAUAGUCUUUCAAGGUGUUAAGUAUAAUUAAAUGCUUUUCUUCUGCCUUGUUUCUCUAUAGAUUUAGAGAUUUUUUUUUUUAUAUAGAAAAGAACCUGUACAUGUAGCUUUCUUAACUUAGCCUCUAAGCUUUGCUCUUAAUUUAGCGUUUUGUGUGAUAAAUGCUUCAGACAUGAGUGGGCUGAAUGGCAGUGUAUAUAUCUGAAAAAGCCAAGCAUAUCUGGAACAUUUGUCUUCCCAAAACCAGUCUGUGCCUCUGCCAGGUCCAGUGCUAGAGAGGGAGUGGGCACACUGUAUGGCUUCUGGAGAGACAAGCUCUAUGAGAGGUGUCCUCUGUGAGACAGCUGAAAGGAAAUGUUCAAAUGGCAGGCAAGGGUGUAAGAGUGAAAGCAGAGACAAUUUAUUUAUCUCAGUUCUUACAUGAAAUGACUAACUGAUAUCAGCUGCCCCAUCCAGGAAUGUACACAUUUUCAGCCUGAGUGAGCAAAGUGGAAGUUCCUUUCUUUUGAUGUGAGUGAUUUUUGCCUUUAGAGAAGUGGUGAUGCUGUGAUAUAUAUAACUCUUCCACAGAAUACAGGUUCAGUAAAUUUUUACUGUGUUCAGAGACAGUGGUUGCUAUGUACGUUCCCUUUUAAAAGCAAAAAUUUAGCAGGACAUUCUGUUUUGGGGGAUGUGCUUUCAAAUGUCCAGUAGAAUCUUUGGUAGUAUCCAGAAUACUUUCUGCAUGUCUACUACGCACUGUUCAAAUUCUAAGGCUGAGCUCUUAAUUUAUUUUUAAAAUUCCUUUCCCCACUUGUUUCCAGUUUGUUUAGUUGUUUUCGUUUGAUUAUUGAAAACUAUUCCAGCCCUGCUGGCUCCUUGUGUUUUUUAUCUUCUGCCAAAUUACUUGGCUGCCCUCUGAAAUUGUCCAAACAAGGUUUUUUGCAUGCUAGGAAGCCUGCAGGGUUCCUGAAAAGAAAAUAUUCUUAAUAAUGAAGACUUAAUUACAUCCUGGAUUUAAUGCAGAUCAAAAGGAACUUGAAAGUUGGAAACCUGUGAGUAUAUAUUUAUUUGAAAGCUAUUUCUGGGCGAGGACUGAGUACAGAAAUAAAAGGUUAAGUAGAGAAAUAAGGAACAAAUAAACCAAUAAUUGUCUGUUUAUCAAAAAAACCCCCGAGGUUCUAGCUUGUGGCAGAAACAGGUUUGGGGUAAUUGGAGCUUUAUUUUUUGCUUUUUUUUGUUGUUGUUUUUAAAUAAUAUCUUGUCAAUCAAAUGUGUCUGGAAUUAGAAAUAGUGUUUCUGGCUUCAUGAACCGUGAGAUUGUGGUUCAGCCCCCUCCUGGCAGAGGCUAAAAAUCGUUACUGCUUAAAGAGUAAUCAGACAAGGAAUGGGGUCGUGUAUGCCAACUAUGAGAGGAUGGAGUCGGCAACCACGUGAGGAGAGCCAUCCCAGUCCCAUGUGUUAAUUUGUGUUUUUUAAGUCUACUUUUCUUUUGGGUGUUUCAAGAGAAUUCUGGUGGUUGUGAGAUUAUCAUGCAAUUUUGAGCACAAGCAAAAGGUCCAUUUGCAAGUUAUCCGUGGUCCAUCAGAGUGCAUGCUUUCAGCUGCAGGAUUCAGAGAUUAGCCUUUCAAAGAAAUCUGUUAGUUUCUUCCAGACUAUGUUAUGUUUUUUGCUAACUUAAGUGGGAGAGACCAAGAGAGCACUGACACAUUGGCACUUUUGUAUUGUAAUGUAAGCCUGAAGUCCUCUUUCUGUUCUCUAAGUGCAUAACUAUCACACCUGUAUGGCAUAGUCUGGGGUUUCUGCAGUCAGAAUCUUCCUUUCACAGAUUGGAAGAUAAUUCUUUCAGAGUAUUUAUUUUGUAGAGAAGUGCUUGCCCACAGUAUCUCUUCCUGUUGCUAAAUGCUUAUCUUUAAAAAGGAAGAAUGAGGGAAGUGGGAAGAAUAUAUGUGAGUCAUUUCAAGUUAAGGCUUUCAUGAUCGCAUCCUCUUAACCAUCCUAUUUGUUCAGGAUAAUCUGUUGCCUCUGGAACUAUCACAGGAGUGUGUGUUUAAUGUUAUCAGCCUAUGUUUCCUAGUGGAAAAAAUGCUUUUUGAAAAAGCUUUGGACUAACUUCUGUGUCUAUGACUAAGUGAAAUAGGGUUAAGCUGUAUAUAUCACUCUGAUUUUCCGUUCUGUGAACUCAUUGGUUUUCCUUUGUGAAUGGGAAUGUAGUGUUGGUUGUUGUCUUGCUGUACUUGUACAUAACACCUCCUGAAGCGUUAGAAACUGCAAACGGUUCAUAGCCCACGAGCUAAGCUGUUGUAUCUGCGUUUUAUCCCCCUACACAUAACAUGCUGCCUGGAAUCUGUGAAAUUAUGUUAAUACACAGAAUAGAAUGGAACAAGCAAAAAUAUGCCUAGGAGAAAUGCAUUUCCUUGUAAGACCUGUGUUAUUUACCGCUCAUCUUUGUUCUCUUGGAGAUGGUGAAGAUUUUUGCUGUAAUUUUUGUUAUUGUCCCAUUCUUUGUUUCAAAAGAAAAUAAAAAAAUCCCUAUGAAUAUUC